AUGUUGCAGAACAUGAGAAUGAAACCAAUGUCACUUAUUUUCUUGUUCACAAUUUCCUUGCACUUUCAUUCACUGCAGAUUCAUGGUUUGCCAAUUGCACCAGCAUUGUAUGUGUUUGGGGAUUCUUUGUUUGACAGUGGUAACAAUAAUUUUUUACCAACUGUUUGUAAGGCAGAUUACUUGCCUUAUGGGAUGAAUUUUGUCAAGGGAGUCACUGGAAGAUUUACCAAUGGCAGAACAGUGGCAGAUUUUAUAGCUGAAUUUCUUGAGCUACCAUAUCCUCCACCAUACAUGAGCAUACGUGGAUCAAACAUAGCACUUAAAGGCCUGAAUUAUGCAUCUGGUUCUUGUGGCAUUCUACCUGAAACUGGAAGCCAAUUUGGGAAAUGCUUGAAUCUAAAAGACCAGAUAGAUUUGUUUCAAAGAACGGUGAAGUCAGACUUGCCAGGACAGUUCCAAAAUCCCCAUGAUCUUCUGCACUACCUAUCCAAGUCUAUGUUUCUGUUUUCUAUUGGUAGCAAUGAUUUCAUCAAUAACUACCUUUACACCAAAGCGUUUGAUACAAGUCAACGCUACUCUCCUCAACAAUUUGCACAACUCUUAAUGGAUGAGCUUGCUAACCAUUUGGAGGUACCAAACUCUCAUCCCUUCCUUCUCUGCUCAUUCAAUGUUAAAAUGGAUGACAAGCUUGUUGUUCUUAUUGCAAAAGUGCAGAGGAUGUACAAUUUGGGAGCCAGGAAAAUAGUCAUGUUUGAAAUUGGUCCCCUUGGAUGCAUUCCAUCAAUUGCAAAGACACAUAACCACGGUGGAAACUGUGUGGAAGAUACAAACGAGCUAGCCACAAUUUUUAAUAAAAAACUUCGCGUGACGCUGGCAAACUUGACAACCACUUUCCAAGGUUCUUUCUUUGUUCUUGGUCGAGCUAAUUGGAUCGGGUAUGAUGCAAUCACAAGUCCUGUUAAAUAUGGUAAACUUCAAAAACCAAGUUGUCUCAUUCUUUCUCUGAUUUUUCUUGUUGUUAAUCAAUUCGAUGUUAAUGAGAUACGGAUCAAUCGAGCAGGGCUAAUGGAUGGAAGCAAUCCAUGCUGCACUACUUGGGCAGAUGGGACUUCAGAGUGCAUUCCAUUGCUUGCACCAUGCUUAGAACCAAACAAUUACUUCUUCUGGGAUGCUUUCCACCUUACUGAAUCUGUAUCCUCAGUUAUAGCUACAGGCUGCUUCAAUGGUUCAACUGUUUGCACCCCGUUAAACAUCAAGAAACUUGUAGAAAUGUAA